AUGACAAUACCAGAUACUCAAUUAGCUUACGGGUUUAAAUUCGGAAAGAAAACUAUUCAAAAGUAUGACAAUUGGCCCGUUUUACGACCUGGAGCAGGAGAAGUACUUGUUAAAGUGGAAGCUGCUGGCUUGUGCCAAAGCGACCUUCAUAUUUUAUAUGCCCAAGAGAAACAUGUCCCGAAAGAGUUUGUGAUGGGACAUGAAAUAGCGGGUCAAAUUGUUGAAGUAGGUAAAGAGGGCGUUCCUAACCAAUACAAAGUUGGACUUCGAGUUGCAGUCUCUAUUGCAAAUUAUUGUGGAAUCUGUGAAAAUUGUCGUUCUGGCGCAGAUAAUAACUGCUUGAAUUCUAGGACAGCAUACGGAUUGAGUAUGAAUGGAGGAUUCCAACAAUAUUUAUUGGUCAAAAAUCUAAAAGGUUUGAUACCUAUUCCAGAAAACGUCUCAUAUGAAGAUGCUGCUGUUGCAUCAGAUGCAGUCCUUACACCAUUUCAUGCUAUCCAAAACGCUAGAGAGGGCCUUUUACCCACGUCAAAAGUUUUGGUGGUGGGCCUUGGUGGUUUGGGACUUAAUGCUAUUCAGAUUCUCCAUAAUUUUGGAUGCCAUAUAGUGGCUGUUGAUGUUAAAAAGGAUUCUGAAGAUCUUGCUAAAAAAUUUGGAGCUGCAGAAUUCUACCAGGAUCUAACGCUCUCAAAUCAUCCUAAAGAAUCAUUUGAUGUCUGCUUCGAUUUUUGUGGUCUUCAGGAAACAUUCGAUCUUUGUGAGGCAUAUACCAAACAAAGAGGAAUAAUACUGCCUGUUGGAUUGGGAAGGUACAAACUUACCGUGCGUCAUUAUGAGCUAGCAAGAAGAGAAAUCAAAAUACUUUAUUCUUUUGGAGGCACAACACUGGAGUCUGUAGAGUGUAUGAAAUGGAUCUCAGAGGGAAGAAUUAAGCCAGUUACAACGUCAGUACCUAUGGAGGAGUUACCUAACUAUCUUCUCAAAUUAGCCAAGGGGGUUAUCAGAGGAAGAGUCGUAUUCCAACCACCAAAGCUCUAG